AUGGUCUUUUCUACAUUUGUCAAGCAUGCAAAAGCACAUUCGGCUUCAAAACCGCAGUUCUUCGAAAGCUCGUACCCCUACCUUAAGAACUACAAUGCACUAGUGAACUUUGAGACGUUUUUCCAGAAGACUGCCUUUGGGAAUGGAGGCCCACAUCCCUCGUCCACGUCGGACCAUUUCUUCGGCAUAGAUAACGGACACUAUGGACUCUACUAUACUAUGUUCAACCAUGAAGGAGAUAAAAAGAAAAUAUACCCUGUCAACUACGAAGACAGAGAACUCCAACAGCACUCAAGGAACAUAGAUGAUCAGAUCUCGCAAGAGCAGUGGGAAACGUUUUUCAUUCUGAAAGUUGCUAGAGAAACACUUGACAACGUAAAGAGCAUACAGCUGAUAAGCAAGAAGUUUUUAUCGCCUGUGCAUAGCCCAGUCAAACCUUCACAAUUCAUCUACCCAAAAAGGUAUUUCACUAGUGCUGCUAUAAAUGCCAGGAAACAUGAUGAACUUAGACAGGAGUCCAAAUUGCCUGUCAUAGAAGAACCUACUGCAGUCCUCGAGGAAGAAAUCUCUACCAAAGAGCCGGCAGUGCAAGAAAUAGACACAUUCGAAAGUGACCUUCUUUCAUCACAAAUCACUCUGAUUAUCAACCAUUCUAAGAGUUCCAACAUAGAAAACUUGAACGAAAUAUACCCCAUUUACCAGAGUUUGAGAAGAAAUGACCUUGAACUCCCUAGCAUAGAGUUGUACAACACUGUACUCUCGUCCAUCCUUCAUAGAGCCUGUGACAAUGACUCCGCUUCAUCUUUGGCUCAAAUCGAAUCUAGAUUGACGAACUUAUUAACAGUUUACCAAGAUGUAAUAAACUCCUCUACAGUCAAGCCCACGGCAGAGACAUACAGUAUCGUUCUUAAUGGUUUGAUUAGAGGAUGUAAACAGACAAUAGAUAUAUGUGGAAACGUCAGCAUGCCACAACACAUCACAAAACAGGCAUUCUCGAAGAGUGAGGAGUUUUUGAAGGUUACGACUGAUUUGUUCUUAUGCAUUAAACAAAAACAAGAAGAACUUGACUUGGUUAGUUUUGUCAUAUGCUUAAAUGUACACAGUAAUCUUGUGAGCCUUGAGCUUUUCAACAAGAUCGACCAGAUGCAUGAGCUUCAACAGGAAGACAGCAGUUUAUAUUAUGCUGGGAUUCUUAACUUAGUUCCCUACUGCAACAUUCAAGACAAGAGACAAUCGUUUAAUCUAAUUCAAGAAUUGUAUUCAAGCUACAAGAAUUCUGUUAAACCUGGCAAAAUUGCAGCCGAAUUUAUCAUCUAUUCAAGCUUAGUCCAGAGUUUAGUGAAAACAAACAAUUUAGCGUAUGCCACUAAAUUUGUUGAUGAAAUUAUGAAUGAUUACAAGCAUAGCAAGGCUGCCGUGUCACCUGCCUCAAAGAGUGACAUUUCACUUUUGUUAUCCACCUACUUGAAGUCACUUUCAGAUGUAGAUUUACCAAGAGCGUUCGAUUGUUUAGAGAAAUUUAACAAGGUUCCCUUCAUACCUGAAUUCUCUAUUGAUUUAUACAAUGAGAUCAUUAAUAAGUUUAUUUGGCAAUACAAGGAAACGUCGAAUCCUACAAUUUAUGAUAUUAUUUGGAAAUUGCACUCUUAUGUUGCGAUCAGAAAGGAUUACCAUGACGUACAAACCAAAUCUGAUUACGAAACUGUGUUGAAUACUAAUCAUAUCCACUACCCUGUCGUCAGAGACUCAUUACUCUCAAUAAGUAUUGACUUAGGUGAUCAUGAAAAAUGCUUCCUUUUGAUCAAGGAAAUCCUUCUCAAGAAUCAUAUGAUCAAAGAUUUCAAUAUUUUCCGUAAGUUGUUGUCUUACUUACAUAAUGGAUCUUACUAUGAGACGGGUAAGAUGAAUUCGUAUUAUUUUGAAUUAAUGUGGAACUUUAUCGAAACUCAAUCCAAGCACUAUUCCAAAGAUUCUUCAUCUCUCAAUUAUUUCCUUAGUGGUGUUGUUCAAUUCCUUACUAGUAAAUUAGAAAACGAUGACAAAGCCAUGAAAAUGAUCUUAAAUAGUGAGUUUGUUGCCAAGUCCUUUCAAAGAUUCAGAUUGGAAACUGAUAAUAUAUACGGCCUUAUGAACGUCUCCAGAGAUUUGAUGAAGAUGGAAAACUUGCAAAAGAGCGAUAUCCAGAAAAUUAUCCAACUUCAAUCCUAUCUUAUCAACGAACUUGAGGACACUGAAAAUUAUUACUUAGAACUUUCAGAUGAAAUUAAGGAGUUCACGCUACAAUUGAAGAGGGUUUUUGUGAUGUCUAUUGAAAAGAAUUUCAAAGAUUUAGAUUUCUCGAAGGAUAUCCUUGAGGCUUGUAAAAUUUUGAAUGUGGAGUCUCCAAUUAAUUUACCAUCAUCUAUUGAUCAGUUAUCGAAGGAUUAUAAGAUUGAUCUUUCAUAUAUCUUGAACAUCAAUUAUGAAGUUGGAUCCGAACAAUUUGUUCAAUAUUUUCAGAAAGGAUAUAAAUUCAAUUUUGAAACCUGGAGAAUAAUCAUUAACAGUACUUUUACUAGUGACGUUUUACAAUUCAACGAUGAUGUUAAAAUUUCUCAAUUUAUUGAAAGGAUCUAUUUACUGUCACUAGAAUUAAACCAACUUGAUGAACUCUUAGUACAAUUAGUUGAAUUGAAUAAUGAAAGGAUUAAUAUUGCAUUUUUAAAGGUUUUGAUGAAUAGUGACGCGAAUAUUGAUAGGCCAUUAACCUCAUUGUUGAAAUUCUGGAGAGUCAGUGGAAUAGAAAACUUGUACUUGAAAGAUUUGAUUAUUGAAAAUUUUGAAAACAAGCUCUUGGUGAAGACAGCUAACAAGAAUUUGGUUUUGAAUGAAUAUUUGAAGUCAUUAACGGCCCAUAAAGAAUUUGAAAAGAUUUUGGAAUUCGACGUUAAAGAGCUUAAUCAUUCUGAGACAGUGGACUUAUCAAUUAUUGAAUCCGUCUUGAAUGCUCACCUUGAGUUGAAGGAGUUCGUGACAUUUGAUAAAUUAUUCCGCAAAAUUUUCGCUUCCAAAAGUUUAUCAAUGAACAGUCAAAUAAAAUCUAUGAUGAAUGACUUAUUGAUUAAGUAUUUCACGAACAAGGGAUCAUAUCAAAUAGUGAUGAAGAAAUUUGGCGAUGCCAACUUGAAGCCAACUUACGCAAGAGAGCUUAUUUUUUUUAAUCAAUUUAUGAAUUCCGUUGAUUCAAAUGAACAGCAGCAACACUACGCAAUUAACUUGUCUCAUGACUUAACGAUGAAGGAGUUGACUUACAAGUUGAUUUCGUGCAAGAAAUUAGGAGAAAUGAACGACUUGUAUAACUCAAACGUGAAAGUGCUCAGGCGCAAUAGAGACGAAGUAAUACUCGAAGCCUUUGAUAGCUUUGUUAGGGCAGGUACCAUAUUGAAAUCACAAGAACAGAGUAUUCACACACGUUUUCAAACAUUUUUAAGUUUCCUUAAAUUAAUCAAGUUCACAAAAUUAAAUUCAGAGCACUUAGUUAAAGUGAUACAAUUCUAUUCAGCGAUAGACAAACAAGAUCUUAUUAAUAUCUUGAUGAAUAAAAUUGCGUAUCCAACAAAAGCUGGUACUUACAACAUCUCGCCUAUGUUGGAUUAUUACUUUUUCGAGAUCCCAUUAUACAACUCUACAAGAGUUGAGCUCUCCAAUAUUUUCAGAGAAUUUCACAGAGUAUUUGACAAAAUAAAGGAUCUUGCUAAUGUUGAAAUUGUCAAUGAUCUUUGCCUGCAGUAUAAGAUUGCGUUAAAAGAGCCAAUGACUAUAAACUAG